CAUACUGCACAGAUGGAGAAUAAAAGGAAUGUGUCUGAAUUCAUCUUGAUAGGUCUUACACAAAACCCCCAAGUGCAGAAAGUAGUGUUUGUGACAUUUUUGGUUCUGUACAUGGUAACAAUUUCAGGCAACCUUCUCAUUGUGGUCACCAUCAUCCUCAGCCGGGCUCUGAGUUCCCCCAUGUACUUCUUCCUGAGCCACCUUUCCUUGAUAGAUAUGAUUUACACUUCCUCUUCAGCUCCAAAGUUGAUUGUGGACUCCUUUCAAGAGAACAAAGUCAUCUCCUUUAAUGGAUGCAUGGCGCAAGUCUAUGCAGAACACAUUUUUGGUGCAACUGAGAUCAUUCUCUUGACAGUGAUGGCCUAUGACCGCUAUGUGGCCAUCUGCAAACCUCUGCACUAUAUGACCAUCAUGAGCUACAAGCUAUGCUUUCUUCUGGUGGGAGUGGCCUGGACCGGAGGGUUUCUCCAUGCAACUAUUCAGAUCCUCUUUACAGUCUGGCUGCCCUUCUGUGGCCCCAACAUCAUAGACCAUUUUAUGUGUGACUUGUACCCAUUGUUGGAACUUGUCUGCAUGGACACACAUACCCUUGGUCUUUUUGUUGCUGCCAACAGUGGGUUCAUCUGCCUAUUUAACUUCCUCCUCUUGAUGGGAUCCUAUGUGGUCAUCCUGCGCUCCCUAAAGAACUAUAGCUUGGAGGGCAGGCGCAAAGCCCUCUCUACCUGUGUGUCUCACAUCACAGUAGUGGUUUUAUUCUUUAUCCCAUGCAUAUUUGUAUAUUUACGACCAGUGAUCACUCUGCCACUUGAUAAGGCCGUCGCUGUCUUUUAUACUAUGGUGGCUCCUAUGCUGAAUCCUUUAAUAUAUACCCUCAGGAAUGCUGAGGUAAAAAAUGCAAUAAGGAAGCUAUGGAGAAAAAAAGUGAGUACAGAAAACAAUUAA